AUGCUGGGAAACGUAGGAGCAAUAGUGUCCUAUUUGUCCUCUCUUCAGGUCGAUCAGCGAGUGUUCAAGGAUUUGAUGAGUGAGAAGCUUCCACGACUGCACGCUCAUUUUGAACAAUACAAAGUUGACUAUACUCUUAUAACUUUCAACUGGUUUCUCGUGGUGUUUGUGGACAGCGUGGUUAGCGACAUCCUUUUUAAAAUCUGGGACUCCUUCCUGUAUGAGGGACCAAAGGUAAUAUUCAGAUUUGCCCUGGCACUUUUUAAAUACAAAGAAGAGGAAAUCUUAAAACUGCAAGAUUCAAUGUCCAUUUUCAAGUACCUUCGAUAUUUCACCCGCACUAUACUUGAUGCUAGGAAACUGACUGGCAUUGCUUUUGGAGACCUGAAUCCUUUUCCAUUACGUCAGAUCAGGAACCGGAGGACCUAUCACCUGGAAAAAGUCCGUCUUGAACUAACUGAACUAGAAGCCAUUCGUGAGGAUUUCCUGCGUGAACGAGAGACAUGUGUAGAAAAAAGGGACCUUAUUAGUGAUGAUGAGGAGGAUAGUUGAAACUACUCAACAUAAACUUUUCUUUGGGAUCGUGACCAAAGUGAGUUAACCUCCAAAACACUUUAUUGAUCCUGUCAAACAGAAUGUAGACUAGUUGCUUUUGGAAAUAUGCAGGACAGAUUUCCAAACCCCAGCACUUUGAGAAAUAUUGCUUUGUAUGGAG